UUAAAAAGUCUGGUCACAAAGAGCGGUGGCGUACAUGGUUACCGCCGCACUUGUUGUUGUCGUAGCGUGUUUACAAAAAGAAGAGUUACCUCGGACUCCCCGGGGCUCCCCCUAUUCACGCGCGGAAUCUCAUUGUUGCCCCCCCCCCCCGAAGGACAUCAUUCAAGCUGCUGUUUUAGGGGCGGAGGGGAAGGCUCGCACUUGGUUAGAGCUGUGCGGCGCCGGGGGGUGCUACGUCUUGUGGCCGUGACAGCGGCAUUCGGCAGUCGCUGGCCAAACGUUCCCAGGGGGAGACACAAGAUGGCAAGUUUGCGUUGGACCUGCUUGCUGCUGACCUUGACACUCGUCUCCGCCCAAGGUGAUCUGCAGACGUACGAAGAAGAGCUGAACGAAACGGUCAUUUGCACCAACGACCACAUAGAAGUGGUUAUUCCAAGCGCUUUCUUCCUGCACAAAGUCCCCCCUGUUUACGUCUGGGAUUUGCAUCUCAAUGACCCCGACUGUCGAGGCGUGGAAGUGGGCGACGACUACGUCUUCAGCAUUAAGAGCAACCUGUCCCACUGCGGAAGCAUCAUGACGUCGGACGCCACUCACAUCCUCUUCGUCAACACCAUACACAACAACCACACCGACGUCAUCACCAGGAAUUACAUCAACAUCACCUUUGUGUGCCGCUACCCCAUCAACUACAUGGUGCAGCAGCCCAACGGGGAGAACAUGAUUCGCGUGGAUGUCAGGACCAUCACUCUCAACACGGAGGACGGAAACUUCUCCGUGUCCAUGCUGCUGUUCAAGGACGAGGCCUUUGAGGACAAGUGGACCACCGUCCCCUCGCUCACCCUGGACGAUGACAUCUUCGUCAAAGUCUUCAUGAUUCCAGCUCACCUGAUGUUACGCAUGGAGAGAUGCUGGGCCACGCCCACCAAGGAUCCUUACAGCCACAUUCAGUACACCUUCAUUCGGGACAGCUGCCCCGUGUUGACAAACCAAGAAACCCUGAGCGUGCUGAAGAACGGCCGCGGUGCUGACGCCACAUUCAGGAUCCAAAUGUUCAAAUUUGUGGGCGGCUCCUAUGCCAACAUCUUCCUGCACUGCAACGUCCACAUCUGCCACAACAGCCCCGGCCUGUGCCAGCCUAACUGCUCGACUGAAGAUGUCCUGUUGAGGACGCGGCGAGACAUUCCGCUGUCCCACACGGUGUCCUACGGUCCCAUCAGACGACGACCCAACGACAGCGAGAAUCCCCGUUUAGGUGGACUCCCACCGGUGGAAACCUUCAUCCUUGGGGGGUUCCUGCUGGUCCUGUUGCUGGUUGCGGGGGUCUUAGGGAGACUGUGGAUUCGUUCCAGGCGCUUCUACCCGACGGCGCGAGAGGCUCAGCUCACCCUGUCCAACGUACACCACAUCUCCGAAGUGGCCUCGUGAGUCGGCGGGAUCCAAAAGCGUUCCACUUGAUUACCGCUUUGGAUUCGAGAUUUGUCGUGAAAUUGU